AAGUGCAUUGUGCAUCUCUGCGAUCCGGCUGCGAAAAUUUAAAACUUUCGUAAACAAACGUUAUGUCGACAGCAUUCGAUCGACCAACUGUCAAACCGGGUUUGUUUAUGUUUAUGUCGACAUAGGAGGCAGUUUCACUCCAUCAGCGUGAAGCAUUCGGGAUCCUCUCCACGAUGGCCACCUUUCGAUUGGAACGAUUUCCACACGUGUGCCCCGUAUGUUUGCAGCACCGGCCGGACAAUUUGUUAAUUUCCUUCAAUACACUUGACCCUAGCUGUGGUGUCCAGCUGUUGGAGGUUGUCGAGGAGCUCAUGUUCCCCGUCUUGCCGGAACUGGAGCAUUGUACUCCGCGUGGCGUUUGUGAGCCGUGCUAUACAGAGCUGAACGCAUUCCUUGCAUACCGCAAACGUUUGAAGCUUGUGGGAAAGUUUGUAUUCAGCCUGGCACAGUUGCGCAACGGUCAGAAGAAUCAUCUGGAGGAACUGUUUCGCGAUCAUCAGACGGAACUGUUGAUGGUACUGCGUGAACUGAACAUUACCGACAGGGAAGAAACCGUCGUUGAUGGUUUGCUGGAUGAGUUCAACCGACGUUCGAACGGUGAAAGGGUGGAACAAGCGCCGAUACAGCAAUUACAGCAAGAGCGUCCUGAAGCGGAACACGAGAUAGGUCUCGAUCGUAGUAAUGCAAACCCACAGAGAGUGUUUAUUGCCGUGGAGGAACCGGAUUCCAAUGCAAACGAGGAAGCAGAACCGGACGAAAAACUUGAUGUAACUUCUAACGAUAAAACCGCGCGCAGCUGUCGCAGAAUAUCCCUAAACGCGGAACGCAGCAGCCACAUCUGCAAGCGUUGCAACCGUGCGUUCGGCACCAGGCGCGAUCUGAUGCAGCACAAGCGGUCCACCCAUCGGGACCACAUGUGCGACACCUGCGGGCUUGCAUUCGACACCAAGUUUGUGCUGGAAAAUCAUCGCAAACGGCACGAAACGGUGCGGCAGUACAGGUGUGAAUAUUGCCCGUUGGAGUACUACACGAAGGCGGAAAAGCUGCUGCACGUGCGACGGUUGCACCUGAACGCGUUCGAGGUGAGCUGCCCGGAGUGUGCGCUAGUGUUCCGGACGAAACAGACGCUGGCACAGCACAUGAAGACACACACGAACCAGCGGACGCAUACGUGCAACACGUGCGGCUUUAGCUUUAAAUCCCACACGCAUCUGAACCGCCACACGAAGGAGCUGCACCAGGGCGUGCAGUAUCGGUGCGAGCACUGCGACAUGUCGUACCGGCGCAAGGACAAGCUGCGGAUGCACGUGGAGAAGAUGCAUAAUAUUCAAACGUACUUCGUCUGCGAUAUCUGCCUGCAGUCGUACGACACGGACGAAAAGCUGCAGGAGCACAAAGCACACCACCAAACCCCGAAAGAGCUCCAGUGUGGCGUGUGUUUGGGGGCGUACGUGACACAGCACGAGUAUCAAACCCAUCUGUGCAUUACGUAUCGGGAAAACUACGUUUGCUGCAAUCGCGACUUCAAGUACCAUUAUUUCUACAACAAGCACGCCUUCCUGGUCCACGGUGUGCAGACGAACGUGCGCGUCAAACCCGUCGAUGGUCUGCUGCUGGGCCAGUAUCGUGCGAAACGGAAACAAGCGGAACGGUGUCCCAAGUGUGAGCGAGAGUUCGGUACACGUCAGCAGAAGAAGCUCCACAUGGAAACCUGUGGUCUGGUGCAACACGACGGCGCCACACCAGGUUGUGGUGGACGAAAGGCCUGAAGCCGGAGUCAUCCCGGUGAUCAAGCUCGAUACACGAUGCUGAGCCUAGCACGACGAAUACGAUUCGCUACGACGGCUUCUUCUAAACGGCAUACGGCGGAACAGUCCGGAUGGAGUUCGAUGAAUCACUCCGGGUGGGAAAACGCGAACUGUCAUCGAUCGUUAGCAUUAGGAUGUAACGCAUACCAUCCACAACCUCUCUCUUGUUACUGUAAA